CCCUCAUAUCCGCCCAAGCCAAACGCCCGCCAAGGCCCCAUACCGCAAAACAAGCAACGUCCUGUGGUUCUGAGACGCCAUGCAAGCAAAAUGGAGGCACUAGCAACCACUGACGACUCCCAACGCUGGAGGAACAAGCACUCAAAAAAGAGCAUGCAGCUUAAACGAAAGCAUGGGAUUGCUCACCAGUCGAGAGCUGGGAGACCGGGAACAGUGCUGAUAUCAGCAACAACCCUAGCUGAGCACAUAAACCAAAGGGUAACCCCCCACUUGAUCCCUCAAGAUGGCGUAUACAGCAACAGAUGGGAACCAAAGCACACAACAACAAGUUUUGCACCACCGAAGCUCCCACAUCACUCUCACCCACUCCU